AUGCCGAGGGCUGCCUUGUCAGUCAUUUCCUUUUGUCACCGGCUUGGCAAACAGGAGAGAAAACAGAGCUUCAUGGGGAACAGCAGCAACAGUUGGUCCCACGCACCGUUCCCCAAGUUGGAGCUGGGGCUGGGGUCCCGGCCUGUGGCGCCCCGGGAGCCGCCCGCCUGCUCCAUCUGCCUGGAGCGGCCGCGCGAGCCCAUCUCUCUGGACUGCGGCCACGACUUCUGCCCGCGGUGCUUCAGCACCCACCGUGUCCCCGGCUGCGGGCCGCCCUGCUGCCCCGAGUGCCGCAAGACCUGCAAGCAGAAGAAGGGCCUCCGGGGCCUGGGGGAGAGGAUGCGGCUCCUGCCCCGGAGGCCGCCGCCCGCCGCGCUGCAGGAGACCUGCGCGGUGAGGGCCCAGCCGCUGCUGCUGGUGCGUGUCAGCUCCUCCGGGGGCCUUAUCCUGAGGAUGGGGGCCAUCAACCGCUGCCUGAAGCACCCGCUGGCCAGGGACACCCCCGUCUGCCUCCUUGCUGUCCUGGGAGAGCGGUACUCGGGGAAGACCUUCCUCCUAAACCACCUGCUUCAGGGCCUGCCCGGCCUGGAGCCCGGCGAGGGCGGCUGGCCGAGGGGAGGGGGCUCCGGGCAGGGCUUCCGGUGGGGAGCCAACAGCCUCACCAGGGGCCUCUGGAUGUGGAGCCAUCCCUUCCUGCUGGGGAAGGAGGGGAGGAAGGUGGCCGUGUUCCUGGUGGACACGGGGGACGCCAUGAGCCCGGAACUGAGCAGGGAGACGAGGACCCGGCUGUGCGCCCUCACCUCCAUGCUGAGCUCCUACCAGAUCCUCACGGCCUUCCAGGAGCUGAAGGACACAGACCUGGAGUACCUGGAGAUGUUUGUCCACGUGGCCGAGGUGAUGGGCAGGCAUUAUGGGAUGGUGCCAAUCCAGCACCUGGACCUCUUAGUUCGUGACUCGUCCCACCCCAGCGAGGCGGGGCGGGGGCGUGUAGGCGACAUCAUCAAGAAGUCAUCCGGCAAGUACCCCAAGGUUCAGGGGCUGCUCCAAGGAAGGCGAGCCCGCUGCUGCCUCCUGCCAGCUCCCAGGAGGCGGUGGGCGAGCAAAGGCCACGGCAGCCCAGGAGACACAGAUGAUGAUGCUGGCCACGUCCGCGCCUACGUGGCCGAUGUGCUGAGCGCAGCCCCCCUGCACGCCAAGAGCCGCUGCCAGGGCUACUGGAGCGAGGGGCGCCCCGCGGCCCGGGGGGACAGACGCCUGCUCACGGGGCAGCAGCUGGCUCAGGAAAUCAAGAACCUCUCGGGCUGGAUGGGCAGGACGGGGCCUGGGUGCGCCUCUCCGGAUGAGAUGGCUGCCCAGCUGCACGACCUUCGGACGGUGGAAGCCGCCAAGAAGGAGUUUGAGGAGUACUUGCGGCAGCAGGACGUGGCCACCAAGCGCAUAUUCUCAGCGCUCCGGGUGCUGCCGGACACCAUGCGGAACCUCCUGUCGGCCCAGAAGGACGCGCUCCUGGCUCGGCACGGGGCGGCCUUGCUCUGCGUGGGCAGGGAGCACACCUUAGAGGCCCUGGAGGCCGAGCUGCAGGCCGAGGCCAAGGCCUUCAUGGACUCCUACACCGUGCGCUUCUGCGGCCACCUGGCCGCCGUGGGCGGCGCUGUGGGCGCGGGGCUCAUGGGCCUGGCGGGGGGCGUGGUGGGCGCCGGCAUGGCGGCCGCGGCGCUGGCCGCAGAAGCUGGGAUGGUGGCCGCAGGAGCUGCCGUGGGGGCCACGGGGGCGGCCGUGGUCGGGGGAGGCGUGGGCGCCGGCUUGGCGGCCACGGUGGGCUGCAUGGAGAGGGAGGAGGACGAGCGGGUGCAGGAGGGGGACCGGGAGCCCCUGCUGCAGGAGGAGUGA